AUGAAGAGCAGGGCUGUGCGGCCACGGUUGUUGUCUCGUUCGUCGCGUGAUGAUCAAAGGUUCCUGUCCGAGAGAGGAACUUUGGAAGUUGCAACGUAUCUACAGUCCACAAAUCGGUCUUGGCCUACUCUUGGUCAUUGGGAACGCGGGCACGUCAUCGCGACAUGCUCAUUGCACACAGGUCGAAACAGUGAGGCUGUGGCCUAA